CAAUUACAGAAACCAACAUGCAUGCAACACCUUCCGACAGAGACCCCGCCCACUGGGUAAUUCUAAUACUGACAUCAAGCCUGUUGAUCAAAAUAGAGAGACGGGAAGGGUGGUUUGUCAAAUCUCUGUCUUAGAAGUGGAUUAACGGGACCCUACUCACGAACAACUUACCAAAUGUAUUUAUCCUAAAGAAAUGUCACAGGAACAGCAAUCGUAAUAAAGACACUCAGAAGAACACCAUGUCCAGCCAAGCAUUGUUUGUCCUAAUUUGCAUACUACCGGAACUAAACGUUGUUCACUCGAUGUGGGACGAGUGGUGGACCUACGAUGGAAUAUCUGGUCCUUCUCGUUGGGGAUCGUAUAACACGGAAUGGGAGCUCUGCGACAAAGGCCGCUUUCAGUCACCAAUCGACAUCAACCCUGGCAGAAUCAUAUUUGAUCCAAAUCUCCAACCUCUCAACAUCACAAACCAAAAGGUUGAUGGCGUGAUGACGAACACGGGACAUGAUAUCAGAGUUUCUUUGAAUAAAUCACACGGUCCCCAGAUAAACAUCACGGGUGGACCUUUAUCAUACAAAUAUACAGUUUUCCAAAUCAAGCUGCACCUUGGGACAGCAAACGACAAAGGCUCGGAACACAAAGUGGCGGGAAAAUCUUUCCCAUCGGAGAUACAACUAUUAGCCUAUAAUUCGGAACUGUAUGCGAAUGUUACACAUGCCAAAAGAUCGCCAUACGGGAUUGCAGUGAUUGCUGUUUUAUCAGUGCUUAAAGAUCUUGGAAAUCAGCAUUUCAGUGUCCUGGUGAGAGCUGCGGGAAAACUAAAUACAAAAGGGUUAUCUACAGACCUUUAUAAGUUUUCUCUGAACGAAAUUUUGCCAACUACUAUGACCUAUAUGACGUACGAAGGCUCAUUAACACAACCUGGGUGUCAGGAGACGGUCACGUGGGUCAUACUCAAUAGACCUAUGUAUAUUUCCAGCUACCAGUUGGAGAAACUUCGAGAAUUAACAAGAGGUAACGGCAUAGGAGAUCCUCUUAUGGAAAACAAUUUUAGACCUGUGCAACCAGACAACAGGCGACUAGUGAGGACAAAUAUCCCGAUAAAAGAGGAACCAGCUUGUACUAUAAAGAAAACGACUAGCUAUAUCGUUAAUGAUAAAUUAAAGCCAAGUUAAUAAUCAAAUAAACUGUUGCUGCUACAAAUGAAGGGCUUCCACGUAAAUAUCUACAUCUUGUUACAUUAGCUAGUCUUCCAGGGAAUUUAAUGUGCUUCAGAGUGUCGUUUCGUCGUGAAAGGGAGUGUUCAUCGAGAUAUCAUAUCAACUUUUGUGUCCAUAAUUUUCUUGUUAUGAACAAGUCAUUUAUUUCAUAGAAUGGCUGCUAUUCUGAACCAUUGUUUACCUGUGUUUAGAAGACAAGCUUUCAUUGUACAUGCUUUGAAAAUAAAUAUCACAUAGAUAUAAUCAUA